GGGCCUCAGGGAGCACGACCGCGACAUUGUGAGCCACCGCCAGAGGGGUUCGUAUGUUGCUGUAGCUUGCGGUUCCACUGACGCAUGUGUUCGAGCAGCAUGGAGCAGUGGAAGCGUCUGUUGCCUGCAGGUUCGUGCUGAGACGAAGAAGCGCAAGGCUCCCGCACCUGUAAUCCCUCGCGCGCUCCCCCUCCUUCAGCCGGGGUCGGCGGACUUGGGGAUCGUUUUUCAAUUUAGAACGUUGGUCCCAUAUGCUUCCAGAAGAGAAUCAGUAGGUCCUCCAGUUUUCACUCCCUGUGCGUCAGAUGUCUCACCGCCACCUGUGGUAUCCCAAAGAUGACCUAUCUGGGACUGCGGUUCUAUGGCCGCCCCAUGACUGGUGUUUGGCAGGCCAUCCAUCAACUGGCGUCAUCGUUUGAGAUUUUGGUGGCUCGUUUCACCCGGGUUGCCCGGAACUCACGCUGAUAGCUUGAACCAUGUCUGAUAGUCCGGUAGUUUGGUUCUGUUCUUCCUCUCAAACCGCAAAAUAUUAGGCAGAGGUCUGACUUAGAAGGCAUUCAUGCCUCUGGUCCAACCCUGAGUGUUCAUGUUCCGUUGUCCUCUCCGCUCGGUCCAGGAUAGGAUCGACCGAACCUUCGCCGGCGGAUUUUGGGACUCGACCCCUUGGCCCGGCGACGUCCGACCGAGGCUCGAAGCGAAAGAGGAGGAAUGGAUUCAGGACAUGAACAUUCUGCUCAGUGCCUUUCAGAUGAUCCGCGUGAUCCGCGUCCUCUUCUGGCACCAGUGGCGCAACGAGGUCCAGGUGGUCAUUGAUGGAAUCGCUUCCGCAGGCCCCAUUCUGGUGGUGCCUGCCUUCCUGUCCUUCUACAUUUGGAUCAUGGUCUCGGCUCUCUUCCUGUGGAUGGAGAACGUCUACGAUGGACCCUCCAAGGAGUUCUUCACCUCGAUCUCCACGACCAUGUACUGGACCUCCUCCUUCUUGAUAGGAGAAUGGACCCUGGCCGACUUCUCCGAGGGCGGCGGCAACCGUGUGUGCAUUUUCGUGGUGCUCUUCGGCAUCAUGUGCUUCGGAAUUGCGACUGGCAUCCUGAUGGAGGGAGUGCAGCAAUCCAUCACGGUGGCAAUGAUGGAGAAUACCAGCUUCCAAGACUUGGCGCAGAUCGCCCAGGACGAUCCCAAGGCUGGAAAGAACGAAGAGACGAGGAGAGCUCCAAGAGGGAUGAGCAACAAGCAGGAAGCGCUCCGGAGGGCGGCGAAGGUGGCGGCGAUGACGCAGCAGAUGGCCGAACGGAAGCCCACGGCGACGUUUCGCUGGCUCGGUAAUCACAAGAUUGCAAAGGACAACGUGGUCGCUGGCGUGCAGCAAUGUUCUUAAGGUUGUCGCUGGAACCAGCAUCAUCUAAAAGGUCAUUUGGUGCUGCUCAAGCACUUGCACUUGACCUCCCCGGUGCUUUCCGGGCAACAAGCUUGCACCGGUGCAGAGGGGGUGUUGCGAGACUUCUCGCUUCGUGUCCAGCGGACGUCUCGAUGCGAUCGAGGACACCAUAGAAAGACAGACUCGCACGUUUACUCAGCAGACGCUGGAGACGAGACGAUUGAGGGUGUGUUUGGAUUCUGUUUUUCGUUGAGAACAAUAUGCCAAUAUGGUAUUUUGUAGUGGUCGAAAAUCUUUGACAAGCUGUUGGUGUGGCUGGACAAGCACAUGACAUGAGUCGAUGCAAAGUCAGCGUUGGAUGAGGCAUUCAUCUCAUGCGACAUGCAUGUGUGGCACUGAUCUCUCCCACUGCUACUUUGGGGUCGGCGAUCUGACUACAACGUAUUCAGUUUCUUUUUUGCUCAAUUCUGUUACACCAUAGCAAUGAUGUUGCAAGUGCCGAUGACAGUGCAAUAGUCAGGCUCUCCAAAAUUGUUGGCUUGGCUGUGUUGGGUGGCCGGGUUCAGUCGUAUCAUUUUGUAAAACGUCGUGUCUGGCUUUGCAGCGAGUGCCCUUGCGGUUUUGCAUGUUGGAGGUCGAGUUGCUUCAUGGAUGUGUUCGCAAGCUGUUUGCCACUGUGUGCCCAUGGUGCUUGGUGUUUGAACUGGAGAUCUUGAAUGUAUCGAUUUGGCAGUUGUUGCCUGGUGCUGGCCUGAUUGCAUUUGUUAGGAAGGUUGAUGGACACGUAGUUACGUACAUUAGGCAGCACACUAAGGGCUGCAAAAUCGCAGCGCAAUGGCUGUGUGACCUGUGCUUUGGCUUGGGGUUGCUUUGGGCUCGCAGAUCCAGUGGGGAGUGCUUUUCAGGGCUGCAACUCAAU